GGAGAGGGAGAGGAGGCCAGCCAAAGCAGAGAACAUCACAGCAGUCUCCACUAGCAGAGAGAGGAGGUCUUACUAUGAACCAGCGGUGAAAGAGACUGUGUGUGUGUGUGUGUGUGUGUGUGAGAGAGAGAGAGAGAGAGAGAGAAAGAAAGAAAGAGAGAGAGAGAAAGGGAGAGCUGACGGUCAAAUCUCACAGCCAAACUUUCUCACUCAUUCUGGACUCAAUAUCUCCGGCCUCUCUGAGGGCUCCACUCUCUCUCUCUUUCCUUCAGUCUCCUGUUGCUGCGCGGGCACUGCUUUGUGUAUGUUUUGACGAUGAGGGCUAUUUCGGCUCUGGUUUUUCUUGCUGUGGCUCUGCUGCUCGUCAUGGCGUACCAGGCGGCUAAGCAGGAGCUGUCCAUCCGCACCUCCAUAACGCGCCUGAACAGGGCCAGGAAGAUCGUGCAGUUCAACGAAAAGGAGAUUGUGGACACCAAGGUGAAGCUUGAUGGCCUCAACAACAAACUCGAAACACUGAAGAGAAACGGAGAGGACAUGAUGAAACAAUUUCAGGAAGCACAGAAGACUAAGGAGAAUGGCGAAAAAGAGCUGCAGACCUGCUUGCAAGUGAAGGAGGAAAAAGUGAACAAGAAGAAAGAAAUGACUGACCUCUUGAGUAAAAUGAAAGAGACCCAGGAGGCAGAGAAAGCUAAAGCACAGGAGGAGGUGCAGAAGCUGAAACAGCAGAUCCUGGACAGAGACAAGGCCGUCUGCGCCUUUCUGGACCCAACACAUGCAGAGGGAAAGAAAUUGUGUGGAAUGUAGCUGUCACUCUAAGCUGUUCAAUGCACCCACCAUAACCACACACAUACACACACACACACACACACACACACACACAUACACACACACACACACACACACACACAAUUAUAUAGCCUACUAUUUUUAUUUUUAGGAAAAUGAAAUAAAAAAAAAACACCUGAAAUUCA